UCGCGCACGUAAAGCUAAAUCGCUGUCUCAACGGCUCCGAAGGUUAUAAAUACGGAUUAAUACAACAAGUGGGAUUUGCGUAAUUGACAGUUGAAACCGCGCGAUCAUUCGAUAAACAAACAUAAAAAUGCCUGAAAAUGCUCAUCCGCGUUUCGAAUCUCUACUUUGUACUUAGUUGUAUCGCUAUUCCAUGUUUAUUGGCCAAAACAUUUUCCCUGAACGAGGCAAUUGCCGCGGAAGAAAAGCAAAAACAAAGUCUACAAACUACUUCGCAGUCUAAAGUACUGUCAGAAACACCCGAAAGGUUCCUUCUUAAUAAGGCCCCGAAGUCAAAGACUAAGACGAAGAAAUUUAAAGCAUCAGAAACUCCCGAACGGAUUUAUCUUCAUAAAGGUCUAAAGUCGUUUAAAACGAAGAAGCCUAUUGCAUCAGAAAAUAUAUUCAGCCGACUCAAGAAGGCAUCACCAUUAGAAUACAGAAAAAGAUUUCAAAUUAAAAGCCCUUUGAAGCCGCGAAAAAUAAGAUACUUACCGAAACGGCACAAACGUAGGAAUAAGUAUUUAAAACGAGAGGUCGUCGAAGAUGAAAUACUUAACACAAAAUAUAUACCUCUUCUUAGAAGUCUUAGUAUGCUGUUUGACAAUAUUCUCGACACAGACUCUAGCGAGAGUCACGAAAGCGAGAGAAAUAAGCGCAGGCGACGCUACAAACAGCGAAACGACACCAAUUGCACAUGUAACAAGUCCAAUGCAAACAUUGAAGAAUCUAAGCCGAAAGAAGAGACAACUGUUCCUACCACGACUAUCUUCGAGGUCACGAUUGGCACCGACUCUACUGAGACUUCCACCACGACGGCCUAUAAUCCUACCACUAGUGACGUCAGCAGUUUCCGACACCAUACGGACGUAUCCAUACUACCUACAAGAAAUACCCCUAGCACUGGGGGAGACUAUACUAGAGUCGGUAAGGGAAGCAGCGCCACAUUUCACACAAGCACUGAAAGAAAUAUCACCGGGGAUCAUAGAGAUAGUGAACGUUAUACCGGAAGCGGAGAAGAACACACCAGUACAAAAGAUGAUGAAGAAAAUACCCUCAGUACUACACGAGACGGUGCAAGCAGCGAUGGAUACGGAGGAGGAAUACGCAGAGACGGAGUUCAUACCGGACGUCCAGUCUAUAGAAGAGGACUUGAUGAAACCAACAUUCCCGCAGAAAGCGAAGGCGGCCUUCGAGGAGACCUCUAUGACUCUAAAGGAGAAAAUAACUUCGAAGUUAGAAGAGACCAAACAGAAAGCCCAAAGUCUGUACAACAGUUUAUUCGAGGAGACAGAAAAUUUAUAUCCGAAGAUAGUGUCGACGAUCACACAGAGCCCCUACAGCCCAAAGAAAGUAACGAAAGGGUCGUCCGCGUCGCACACGAGGUCCCCAGUAAUCAGCGACUCGCUGACAGAGAUGGCCCAACUACCACAGAAGAUCAAAAAACUGGUUCAACAAAUGCAGCAGUAAUUUCUAUUAAAGACUUGAGCAAUCCGAUUAUUAUGUUACAGAACAGCCAGAAACAUAAAGCUCCUUUCGUAACUAUUAUUGACGGGUACAGUGUUGCCAGAGACAAAAACGGCGCCAACCAAUUAACGGAGCAAUCAAUACGUUUUCAUUCUUAGAUCUCAAACAUAAACACAUUGUACUGAAUGUAACUUAUAUU